AGCUUUGCAGAAUGCAGGCGUACUCAGAUGAUCGUGUAACGUCUGCUAGAAUGGCAGGGUUAAAAUUAAAUUGGGUAUUAUUCAUAAAUUUAACAAUAUGCGUUGUAUUAUCUAUAGCUGGAAGAGAUUUUUAUAAUAUAUUAGGAUUAUCACAUAGUGCUAGUACACAUGCAAUUAAGAAGGCUUACAGACGAUUAGCAAAAGAAUUGCAUCCUGAUAAGAAUAAAGAUGAUCCAGAUGCCUCUCAAAAGUUUCAAGAUUUGGGAGCAGCUUAUGAAGUGCUGUCAGAUCCUGAGAAAAGAGAAAUAUAUGACAAAUGUGGAGAGGAAUGUUUGAAGAAGGACGGCAUGAUGAAUAGUAAUAUGGAUCCUUUUGCAAGUUUCUUUGGUGACAUUAAUUUCCAUUUUGGUGGUGAAUCGCAUCAACAACAUCAAACUCCUAAAGGUUCAAAUGUUGUAAUGGAUCUGUUUGUUACUUUAGAAGAAUUAUAUAGCGGUAAUUUUAUUGAGAUUACGAGAAAUAAGCCAGUUAUAAAAACAGUGAAAGGAACAAGAAAGUGUAAUUGUAGGCAGGAAUUAGUUACUCGCAAUUUAGGAAAUGGUAGAUUCCAAAUGAUGCAACAGUCUGUGUGUUCAGAAUGUCCAAAUGUGAAAUUGGUUAAUGAGGAACGGAUAUUAGAAGUAGAAGUUGAACCAGGAAUGGUAGAUAAUCAAGAAACUAAAUUUACUGCAGAAGGAGAACCACAUAUUGAUGGAGAACCAGGAGAUCUUAUAAUAAAGAUACAAACUAUACCUCAUCCUGUUUUCGAAAGAAAAGGUGACGAUUUAUAUACAAAUGUUACGAUAUCUUUGCAAGAUGCUCUAUUAGGUUUCACAGUAGAUAUAAAACAUUUAGAUGGUCAUAUAGUCACUAUUCAAAGGGACAAAAUUACUAAACAUGGUGCCCGAAUUCGGAAAAAGGGCGAAGGAAUGCCUAAUUAUGAUAAUAACAAUCUUCAUGGCGCUUUAUAUGUUACAUUUGAUAUUGCAUUCCCCGAUAAUGACUUUACAGACGAACAAAAAGAAGAUAUAAGAAAAUUAUUGCAACAAAGUUCUGUAAAUCGAAUAUACAACGGUAUACAUGGCAAUUGAAUAUUUAAGUGCAGUUUAUGUACAAAGUGAGUGCAAAGUGAGUGCUUUGGUUGGAAUGUAUGUCUUGAUAUAGUAUGUUUGUAUUAAGAGCGUUAUUCUUGCUUCCGUACUAAAGAAUACCAAGAAAGUUAGUAAUCCAGUGAUUGUACUGGAUAUAUAAAUUUGAGUACAUAUAUAAUUUUUUGCACAAAAUCAAUAGCAAAUAUAAUUUAUUUAGAUGCAAAAGACUGGUUAAACUAGUUAUUGUUGCCAAUUAUUUAAAUUAAUGUUUGAUUGUUGCCAAUUAUUUGCCGAUAUCAGAAAUAAUUGAACAAUUUAUUUUGUAAUUUAAGUUAUAUUGAUUAAAUUAUAUGAUUAAUAUAAGAGAGAUUGAUAUGUGUGUGGAUAGAUUUUGCAUUUAAUAUGAAAUAAUAAAGACCACAUAUAAAUUAAUAAAUUAUUAAUGAUUGGCCAUGUUUAUAUUAUU